AUGAUUCGCGAACGUCCUGCUUUCAAGUCCCUCAACUCCGCUGAUGUCAUGGAAAGAGUGAACACUCACAAGGAACAAGAAGAAGAGAAAAGAGAUCUGUAUGGCUCAACUCAACGCAAAAAUCAUGCUCUCAAGGCUGUGGCUGAUGCUUCCUCCGAUGGAAAUGCCGAAGAAGAUUCUGAUGAUCUAGAAAGGCUCAGCAAAGAUCUCGCACUGAUCACAAAAAGAUCCCAACGGUUCCACAAGAAGAGACAGUUCAAAAAAAGAAGUUCAAGCAACUCCGGGGGCUCAAAAUCUGCGUUGAAACUCGCUGGAGAAUACACCCGCGUCAAGUGCAAAAAGCCUAGACACUUCAUUUUUGACUGCCCUCUCUUGGAAGCUAAAAUCCGUGCUAGUGGGAGAUAUGAUUCGGUCAACCAUCGAGGCAAAAACAAGAGAAAGAAAUACGACUCCGAAGAUGAGAAGGAAACGAAGAAAUUCUUCAAAAAGAAGGACAACUCCACUUCAAAAUCUUUGUCAAGAUCUUCAUCAAGGAAUCCUUCCAAGUCCUCCUCCAACCGCAAGAAUACCUCUCGCAAGGCCAAGGCGUACAUCGGCAAGGCAAUAGAUUCUGAUGAAGAAGAAUCGUCAGGUUCCGAAGAAGAAGAAGAAUCUGAUGAGGAUUCCGACUCCGGCAUGGAUGGCAUAGCAUGUGCCUCUUCACCUACAACCAACUUCUUCGGAGAUCAUUCAAGCAAUGAUGAAUCUCCUGCCUAG